CCCUUUCUCUCUCCAACACUUCUCUCCCCCCUGCUCCUGCUAUGUCUCUUUUGUAGCCAAAGUAGCUCGCUGAACCAAUCCACCGCAGUGCCUGGGACAGAUUGACUGAAAGAGAGAGUGAGGGAUUUAGAGGAUGGGUAAGGGGGCUUAAGGGAAAACACACAGAAGAGAGAGAGAGGGAGAGAGUCCAAAACCAACCAAGCCUCCCUGGUGUGAGGUUUCUUGGCUACUGACGUGUGCGCACGACUCUCGUGGCAGGAUGAGUUCAUGUAGCAGCCGUGCGUUGACCAUCCUGUCCACGGUGUUCGGGGCCUGCGGGCUGCUGCUGGUGGGGGUGGCCGUGUCCACAGACUACUGGCUGAUCAUGGUGGAGGGCAUCAUCCUGCAGCAGAAUCAGAGCAUGGAGGUGAAGAUGGCGCUACAUUCAGGCCUCUGGAGAGUUUGCUUCGUGGCUGGAGCAGAAAACGGGAGAUGUGUCGCAUCGGAGUACUUCACUGAACCUGAUAUUGAGAUCACCACUGAAAACACUGCAAAUAUCCUCAAGAUGGUACGGACCGCCACACCCUUCCCCAUGGUGUCGCUGCUCUUCGUCUUCACGGCCUUCGUCAUCAGUAACAUCGGACACAUCCGGCCUCAGCGCACUAUCCUGGCCUUUGUGUCCGGCAUCUUCUUCAUCCUCUCAGGUGGGACUCAUUACUCAUGUCCAGCUGUCGUCACACCUUCGCUCUUGUUCCUGCUUCAUUCACUGUCUCAGGGGGCCGGGGUGAUGUCAGUCUAUCUGUUUAUGAAGCGCUACGCCGAGGAGGAGAUGUACCGCCCCCACCCUGCACUCUACCGCCCCCGCCUGUCCGAGAGCAGUGACUACAGCGGCCAGUUCCUACACCCAGAAUCCUCCUGGCCUCCGCCGAAGCGAGGCCGCAGCACCUCUAACGCCUCCAGCGACAUCUCCAUCCAGCUCAACCAGGCCCCCCCACAGCAGCCCAAAAGUGGCCACCACGGGCAGGGCAGCCCCCCCUCUGGGUCUUCAUCUGCAGGGAGCUACCAGAUGCCCCCACAGUCUGCUGUCUACUCCACACACACCCUCACCAGGUCGCACGGCUCACACCCCCAAGGCCAGGCUCUCCCCAUGGCCAUGCCUCCAUCGCCUGUACCACCCCCUCACUAUCACACACACAUGCACAUGAGCGCCUCCCCCUGUUAGGAAACGGGAGCAUUAGGGAGGGAAGGAGAGACACUGACUCCUCAUAAUCACUUAUUCUGUACUUUUAGAUGUGGAUGAGAGUAAAUACUGAGCUUGGAGCACAGACCAUUUAAGAUGAAGCGGACGGAGAGGUGAUAAAACGUGAUAAAAUGUAGCUUUGGAACAAAUAAACCAAGGACAAAGGAGGUGAUGGAGAUUGUAAGGAAGGAUUUAACAGGAUUGUGGAGAUGUGACAGACACUGUGAUGGACAGAGAAAAAUAUAAACAGGGGAUGAGUGGAAAAGGAAAAAUAUUAAUUCAAUUUUUCAUAACAGAAAAAGGAAAACAAGUGUUUCUUAGAAAGACUUUAGAGGUUAGGUUGAGUGACAGAGGAGGUAUAGGGGAGGGAGAGAGAGGCAGGGAGAGCGAGGGGCUGCGGUAUAAUGUGAAGAUACCGCAGUGCUGCAGGAAAUUUGUAUGCACUUGGAAAUGUACAAUGCAAAACACUGAUCACACAGACUGAGUGCACAUAGUUUUAUACAUGCAUAAAUCAAAAGAAAACAUGGACUACGAACCUUUUACCAAAAGGUAAAUGUGGUAAAAUAUAUUUGUGUCUUCUCUGAAUUUCUUACAUCAUCAAUCCAGUUUCAUAACUCACAAUGUCAAAAUAGUAUUAUUAAUAUAGUUAAUUAAAAACAUUAGUUUAACAAUAGAUUAAUUCUGGAGUGAGAACACUGUAUGUGAAUGUUGUUAAUAUUUGUAAAAGAAAAAAAUAACACAGACAGAAAUGGAAGAUGUUCUGAAAUAUCACAAGGAGAAAUCUACUCGAUGUUUUACAUAUUUGUUUAAGAUUCAAAUUUCUAAACUUCUUGAAUAUAAAAUCGCACAUGAGGACUAUUAAUAUAGCUGUUGUAAAUUAUAAAUGAAGCUUUGGCACAAGUCACAUCAAGAACAUUUCUGACUCAUUCUGCUUUGGAUGAAGACUGCAACAGGCCAUGGUGAGAAGGAGGAACCAGCGACCCUGGUGGUCUGAUGCCCUCUACUGGUCACUGUUCUCCUCUGACCUUGGAUCAGCUUUGGGGGCAAAGGUCACGACUUCUACGGGCACUCUUCCUUCCUCAGUGACCUCCACUGUGUGUUUGUUGUUGGUGCAGCACAAAUGAGUUGGACUGAAGCUGGUGAAUGUUAGAAGAAACAAGACAUGCCAUUUUGAACUGCACAUGGAUCAAGAGUUAUGCUUUAAAAACUGGUUAGAAGUAUUUUUAAAAGCUUUAACGCUGUUGGUAUAUCUAGAUAACUCACAUGAUGAAAGUAUUAAUUACAUUUGCACUCACUGCUCAAAGGACAAUUACACUGUUUGUGAAACGCAGGUCCUUUUUACAUAGACAAAGAGACCCCUGCUUUAUUCCAAUGUUUUCAUUGGCUAUCUGAGCCAAAGGUUUCUAGAGUAUCUGAAAAAAUAUGUUUUAAUGUAAUUAUAUACUGACCUCUGUUUAUUUUAAGGAUCACCUGAUGAGAAUUCUUACUUUAGGUCAAUCUGAUUAUCUUCUCGAUUUCAUGUUUUAUCUAGGAAAUGUAAGAAAAUAUUAAAAAAUUGUCAUUGUUAUGGCCCACAACUUAAUAUAAUGUAUUUAAGCUGCUUGUUUAAUUUGACCAACAGUACAAAGAUCAUAUCAUAUUUGAGAAUCGGAAAGCAGAAAAGACUAGCUAUAGAAUAUUAGCUUACAGGUGGAAACAUUUAUUAUUCAGGUGUUUCAGAUGAUCAGACAUGGGUCAGAGUAGCACUUCCUUUAACAUUGUGGGGGCUUUGUGGGACGUUUAAGCCUACUUUGCUGUGCACUUUAACCAUAUGAUGCUUUAUGUUUCUUAUUAUAAUAUUUUCAGAUGCUUUGAAACCGAGUUUCUCUUAAAUAUUGUAUAGCGUCUCAAAGAUGCAUUCUAAGCAGGACCUGUGUAUCAAAAACUGUUUUAAUAUAGAUAGUUUAUUUCGUUUAUUGUUUUUAAGGCACAUCAUGGAUAUGUCGAUAAUAUAUAUCUCUGUAAUGAGAAUUAAACCACCGUGUCAUUGUUUAGCGGCUGGUUUUCAUUAUCACUGUGAUGCUAAAGAGAGAGGGAAACACACAGAUGUCCUACAGAAUGUGUGGGAUGAAAGUCUUACAAACAUACGGGGGAGAAUAUAAAGUGAGAUCGAGGAGAUAUCGUCACAUUUUCGCCUUUUUGCGGACGUUUUGUUGAUCAAGCAUGUGGUUUUUCAACACCGCCCUUCUUUUUGUUUAUGUAGUCGCACAAAUUCAUAUUGAGAUGAAGUCCAGUGAAGCUGCAGCCUUCUGUUGUUGCCUCUGCUGUUACAGUAGUGCUUAAGUUCCCUGCUCAAGGUUUAUACACACAUCCAGCCGAUGUGUACUAACAUUAGCAUCGAUUUGGAAUGAUGUUUGUCCCCACCUAAACUAAUAAAUCCAGUAUUCAUUUUCCUUUCAGCUCUGGUAUUGGUUUUCACCAACUCCUGAGGGAAAUAUUUGUCUCUUUAGCUGCUAAAUGCUCCACUGGGUUGACCAGCUACUCGCUAAUUUGUCUGUCUUUCAUUUGGCGCUGAGCAGGUAGUGUGUAGCAGCUGCCUGAUGCAAGCUGCUUUGAGAGCAAUGAGGAUGAACCAGACAUAGAGUUUAGAGUUUCUAGUUAAUUACAAGAACGAGCUGUAAGAUGCUACUGAAGAGCUGAGGUGUCAGGUAAUAUGUUUUAAAGGGUUGCAACUUGUUUUUCCUCUUUAUGAUUACAUAAAAGGAUGUAGCUGUGCUUGAUCUGCAGAAAGCCUGGACUUCUUUCAUAUAACCAUCUUUGUAAAGAAAAAGAAUAUGGGUAAAACAAAUGCUUUUCAAUGCUUUAAUGGAACUGAUGCUGUAUAAUCUUGAGUUACAUAAGUCAAUAGCAGUUGUGAUUAAGAUCACUUUUCUUGAAAGUGUUGACAUCUGUCACUCACUUUCCUCUUAACAUGAAUAAAACUUUCAACAUGGGUUCAUUUCACCCUGUUA